GCUGCGCAACACCAGAUAUGCAAAAGAGAGCUAUCUACCUUUACUCUAUCUUUGCUGCUACGGAGGAUUAUCAUUUGUCAUUGUCACUACUGUAUUACCUUUACUUGAUCCCGUGGCGAGGCCAAUCGAUCAGUUUAACUCUACGAUUAUAAUUCUGUGGGGUUAUAUGAUCGAGAUCCUGGGCCCAACUCUAUGGUAUACAUUCCAGACGCACAUGCAGUGGAAAGGGGAAAUUGCGGACAGCCAAGUGCCAUUGGCAUCCGAUGAUAUGCUCAGGGAUAUACUGGUGGACCCAUUAAUGUAUCCAAUACUAUUGAGUUGUGCCCAGUCUCAAUUUUGUGACGAAAAUGUUGCGUUCUUGUACGAUGGAUACCCCUUGUUAGCCGCGCUGAACAGCCGCGACCCAGGCACAUCUAUGAAAGAAUCUAAUCUGGGUUGGCAAAUGCGAGACUUUUUAGAAGUCUACGCGUUGAAAGGAGCGCGUACACCGGUCAAUCUGUCAAGCGCACAUAUCACAAAGUUUAGACAAUUACACACAGCACUAGUAGAGAACGAGAAGGACGAUGAUGGUCCGAUCGCGGACAAGUUUUCAAUACUGUUAGCACAGAGUAUGAGAGAAAUCAGUGAUUUAAUAACGUCAUCUGGCGUACUGACGAUGUACGACAAAUCGCCGGAGAAAAAAACGGUCAAGUCGGAACGAGAAGCACUCAGGCGCUUGGAGAAUGGCACAUGA